UCGCUAAGAUAUUGUUAUGGAAGGAAAAGAUAUUAUCGGGAGGAAUUCUAGCUAGGGGUGUUACUACAAUCCGGCUUCUAUUUGGACUUACGAGGUACCCUUUUGUUACUUUUUUAUGUCACAUUCUCAUCCUUUCGAUGAUCAUCCCCUUCAUAUGGUCUAAGAGUGCGGGACUCAUCAAAAG